GGCUGGUACCGCCCCUGUCCUCGCAGCGCAGGCCAGGCUUCACCCGGGCCGAUCAAUGCUGGCUCCGAUGGAAGCUUCUAUCGAUUAAAUCCCCCACUUCUGUCGUGUAUGUUGUCGGCUGCUGCUGAAGGCAGGUGUGCGGGACGUGAGUGCGGGUGUUUGGUAGCGGGACAUGCAGAGAUCGUGAGAGGAGGACGGUUCUAGUCUGGCUCGGGUCGAUUAACUCAGACACGGAACUCGCUCACAGGUGAAUCAUGACAGAAUAUAAGCUGGUUGUGGUGGGAGCUGGAGGCGUCGGCAAGAGCGCACUCACCAUUCAGCUCAUCCAAAAUCACUUUGUGGAUGAAUAUGACCCCACCAUUGAGGACUCUUACAGAAAGCAGGUGGUGAUUGAUGGAGAGACAUGUCUACUGGACAUCCUGGACACUGCAGGUCAGGAGGAGUACAGCGCCAUGAGGGAUCAGUACAUGAGGACCGGGGAGGGGUUCCUCUGUGUCUUUGCCAUCAACAACACCAAGUCCUUUGAGGACAUUCACCACUAUAGAGAACAGAUUAAGCGGGUGAAGGACUCGGAGGACGUCCCGAUGGUGCUGGUGGGGAACAAGUGUGACCUCCCGUCCCGGUCGGUGGACACAAAGCAGGCUCAGGACUUAGCGCGCAGCUAUGGCAUUCCCUUUAUCGAGACCUCAGCCAAAACCAGACAGAGAGUGGAAGAUGCCUUUUACACUCUGGUACGAGAGAUCAGGCUGUUCCGGCUCAGUAAACUCUGCAAGGAAGAAAAGACCCCGCGCUGUGUCAAGCUUAAAAAGUGUGUUGUGAUGUGAGAGGGGGCGUUGAUGAUGCUUUUUACACAUUAGUCAGAGAAAUACGGAAGCAUAAGGAGAAGAUGAGCAAGGAGGGGAAAAAGAAGAAAAAGAAGUCCAAGACAAAGUGUAUACUCAUGUGAAUAAUCUUCCCUUUUCAAGACAAACUAGAAAACAUUGUAAAAAACAAAAAAAACAACAACAAAAUAAAACAAUGAACAGUUCAAGUAAUACAUUUUGUACAUUACACUAAAUUAUUAGCCUCUUUGUCCAUACCCAUCUCACUGAAUACUAAACCAGAUCUGAAUUUUUCUGCCUUUCUUUCGCUUACAUACCAAUAAGCAUAAUUUUCAGUUUAGUGCCAGUUGCUGACAUGAUGGUCCAACAGCUUCAUACGCCUUUUUUUCCCCCUUAUUUUAAUAAGAUUUGGAUGAUUUUUACAUAGCUAUUGAGUGUUGAGUUGGGAGCCGAUUCCAUCAUAUUUGGCAGAUUAGUCUCAUAAUUAUCAUUCAUUUCCCUUUGCUUGAAAGGUCACAACUUGCAAAUGUUCUGUAAUGGCCUUUUUAAGUAUGGGAUGCCAAAGAAUGAAUAUUCAUCCUGCUCCCAAAGAUAAAAUGGAUAUGAAGAAAGGACCAACAUAUUCAGCCAGAACAGAUCCUAAUGUCCCCAUAUCUGAUCCUUAAAUAUGAUUUUAGUUUUGUCACUGAUAAGUAUGCAUGCAAUCUCCUACUCUUCACCUAUGUUUUAACACCCUAGUUAGCUAUUAAUUAAUUUGCAUUUGUCAUUGCUUUGUAUUGUGUGGGGAGUGAUUUCAUGCCUACAUGAGAAGAGAUGUUUUAUUGUUGUUUUUUGUUUCUUCCCCUUGCAUGCAUUAUGUCCUAGAUGACAUGUAUUUGCAAACUUGCCUCUGGUUGAUGCGUUUUACAGAGGCCAGCAACGAGGAACUCGGACUCGGUCUACUUUGUGGGAUUUUGAGAAGCAGUUAUUUGAUUUUUGUGAGAAUCUUUUUCUUUUGUGAAAAAUGACAAAUUUAAAGAUGCAUCAUGAUUUGUAACCAAUUUUUUUUUGUGUGGGUCAUUCUUUGUUGUAGAGAUUUAUGCCUUGUUUGACUCUCCUGCAGAGUCGUUUUUUAAAUUAACCCAACGACUAUGAUCAUUUCAGUGUUUAUGUUUCCAAAAUUUUAUCAAAAUACUCCCACCAGGGGACUCAAUGAUAUGUGAUUGGUGAAAUGCUACAUUUGAGGAGUUGUGGGUGCAGAGCUGUCAUGGUUUGUUUGCUUCAAACCGAUUAGAAAAGGCAGGUGCACAUUUUAAGCGGCUGUAAGAUAAAUCGGGCCUGGUGUGUAGUCCCAGAGGUUGUUCAAAAUAUUGUCCAAUUGGCGUUUCAGAUUCUUUCCCAUGCCGAGCUUUUGGAAGAGUUGCGGAUUUGUUUGCAGAAGUGCUGAACCUGUCUGGUGAAAGGCAGGCGCCUUUCAACAGAGGCGAUUGUGUGCCGUCUAGAUGUAAUUGGAACGAAUGUUUUGAAAUGAGCCAGUAAUUGCCAUAAAAUAGGUUUUCAGACUAAAAUGUCUGAAUUAAUCUUGCUAGUUUUUGUUUCUCUCUUGGGGCAGUCCAUACUUGACCCUUUUCAUUUAAUCUCCCAACUGUUUGCCUGGGGAUUCUUACUCACCCUUUAUCUUUAAGUUAAGUGCUACAUUUAGUUGGUAGAGUCGAACCCGCAUUUAUUUUGUCCAUUGUGAGCUCAAGACAUAAACAAAAUACUGUUUUAGAGCUGAAAUGCUCUUCUCACAGAAAAGCAAUGUUUUCUCCUUCAGGAUUAACACAUUUUGACCCAUGUUGUUAUUACCUCUUUAUAUUCAUGGAGUAGAUAAAUAACUUGAUGCAAUUUUAAUUAUAAAACCCACUUGCUAACAAAUACUGUUUCAGAAGUAGUUUUACUGUAAUGUUUGAAAUCUUUAUCUUCCUUUUAUUGCGUGCCAACAGCUCACUUCUGAAAUGUAACAUUUAUACCUGGACCGUAUUUUAACAACCUUUGUAUAGUUGUGAUACUGAAAGGUGCAUAUUUUGUAAAUUGUGCUUCAUUACGUUGGUGUGUCUAAAUGAAUGUUACUUUAAUGGAGUUUCACUCCGCUCUGUGUAUGUGACUAGAGUGUGUGGCUAGGUCCAGGUCUAGGGAAGUGAGUGAAAGACCACUUUACAGCGAACCUGUUCAGAGCAGUGUAGAGUGGUGAUCUGAUCUCAGAUGAGUCUAUUUUUUGCCAUGAAUCUCACCACUCCAGUUUAAUGUGUAAUAAAGAACAAAGUAAAGAGGAAUCAAGCUUCUUAUUUUGAAUGGUCUUGACUCUUUAAUACAUGUUUGCACCAUUUAAGAACUGGAAAUUAUUAUUAAUAAUUAAUACAACACAAAAGCCUGGAAUUAUAUUUUACAGUAGUCUUUCUUUCUCAAUGAGACCGCUCCACUGUUUUCCAGUAGGGGGCACUGUUCCCUAACUUUAGCAGCUGGGAUUCUCUGAGGUUAUGAGAGAUCUAUUUUGCUGCUUUUCACACUGAAAGCCAGUUUUAGGUUCUGAUUCUGAGCAGGAUCUGCUCAGCAUCUGAUGGGUGUGAGAUGUUUAAUAGGACUUCUUUUUUAAAGUAACAUACACAUCUCUUAAAUUAUGCAAUGCACUUAAUCUCAUGUUGAUUAAAGGUGUUUGAAAAUUAUGUUUGCAAGAAUGCAAAUUCCAAUAAAAUUUACACAACUAAUUACUGCAUUUGUAAAAAAAAUAAAUAAAAAUAAAGGGUUAUAUGUC